UAAAAAAUUCACUUCCUAACAGUAAAUUAAAAUAUGAAAUACGGAGUUAGUUAUUAAAAUGCUUCACUUUUAUUAUUUGUUUUGUGUUUUAAUAAAAGAUUUCGUGGUUGGGGCUGGCUCUGACUCGGAGUUUCAAAAUAAAGUUAAUGCAUAUUUCAAAAGCGCAAAUUUCGAUGAUUUCCAAAAACACUGGCAAAAAGAUAGAAGGUCUUAUGAGAACGCUAUUGGAUUAGCCCUAAAAGAAAAUUACGGCUUUGAGGGUAUGAACGUCUACAUCAGAAAAUCUGCAGACUCACAGAGAAUAGCGAGUGGUUUCUACUUCACGGAUAAUGUGGUUGGAGUGGCGUUGCGAGAUAUCUUCCUGAUACAAAUGCCACACAUAGAAAUGCCACAGGUAACAUUCGCUUUAGCGUCAAACGCGUUCCGGUUGGAAGCCGGACUCAGUAAGGUGUUAAUUCACAGCCAGUAUUUUAUGUUCAGAAAUUAUUCUGUCAUACAAAAUGGUGAGCCGGAACAGAGUUUCUCUCCCUUUGCGCUGCCUAGGGUCGAUGAUCGUGGACAGUUGGCUAUUGUGGCCGAUGAUUGUAUGUUGGUUGGGUACGCUAUCAUCACACUCAAUGGUCAGUCGGUGAGUUUAGGGCACGACACUUUUAAGGUCGAACGUUGUAAAUUUUCUAUUGAGAUAUCAUCUUUUGGAAUGCAUGAUCUGCCAGUUAUAGCUCCAUAUUUUGAUGAAGAACAGGGUAAGCUGAUCGAGAAGUUGAUAACGAAGCCGAUACGACAGGAGUUGAUACCAAAGCUGCAGGCAGCACUCUUGACCUACAUCAACACAACUGUUAUCUUUCACGACAAUCUCACAAAGUAUCGGCAAAGGCAACGUAAAUUGUUUAAGUACAUAUCAAGUUUUCUCACGACUAUAACACAAAAGGUAAACAGAGGUACAGCACAGACGUAUCAGGGUGUAAUAGAUUUGAGGCCGUUGGAAGUAACGUGGACAGCUUGGGAAAAAGAACGCUGGAGGAGUGAAAGAACAACAUUAAUGCUGAAGAACAUUAAAUUAUUUGGUUUGGAUACACUCUAUACAGGGCACAAUGGUGGAGCUUACAAAUUGGACGCAUUAAAUAUUGCUGAGAGUCUAAGAUAUAAUUUUAUACAGGUCCAAGGCAAAUACUUCUCCAAGAGCGUUGACGAGCGAACUGUAAACACCUUUGUUGCUGAGAUCAGUGAUGUGACGAUGAACGUAGAGUUUGGUAUUGAUGGAAAAGACCAUUCGAUAAAUUUUGUUGAUUGGGGGAAUUUGGAGUUUUCAAUUAUGGGGUUGAAUAAAAGUAUAGGAGAAAGAUUAAUUGCAGAUGCCUUAAUAAGUGGUCACUUAUUAAACGAGGUAUCAACUGUUUUAACUGAACAUCUAUUGCAUCAAUUCAAAAAUUGUCAAAAUUCUCAUACACAUGUCCGUUCAAUGAAAAAAGACUUAAGCCCUAGUGGUGAGGGGAAUGUUCAAGCCUCAGGCAAUAUAGGAAGGCAAAAGAUAGGAAAGCUAAAGAAAAAGAAGAAAGGCUUACCUUGAAGAUAAGAAGAAAAGUAAAAAUAGAAUUUGAAAUUGUCACGAUACUUUAAUGUCUUAUUAAAUCUUGACAAUAUA